AUGGGCGUCUUUGACAUGUCGCCUGCGACAGAGCUCAACGCUGAUGUCAUUAAUCUUAUCUUUGAGUAUAAAGACGAUAUACUGAGAAACAAAACAAUAAGAAAUAAAUGUAGAGCUCUCAUAACUACGUACAUCAAAUGUUUGCCUUUAGAUAGACAGCUCUUCUAUCAUAAAGUUGAUGUCAUUGAAAAGCCAAGCUAUCCGAGGCAUCAACACGAACAAUACCUUAGAUCAUUAACGAUCAUUCACUUUAUAGGGGCGUUGAAUGCAACUAACUAUCAUCAAAUUGCCGAUUCGCAUGGUGUCUUUUAUCACGACCUUAUAACAUUACUGGUAACCGGCAAGAAACAGCUGCAAAUGCUUCACAUAGAAGACACGGAUUUUCAUAUUUUCAAGGAGUUUCUUUCGCCUUCGCUAAAAUCGUUGCGUUUGGAUAUGAAAUAUUACAUUAAUGAAGAUAUUAGUCAUUUAAUUAAUAACCUAUCCAACAUUGAAAGUUUGUUUAUUUUAUUUGCCAAACCAGAAAUUGAUUACGACCUAUUGGAGAAUAUGGGAAGAAUAAAGGAAUCGCUGGUAAGGCUGGAUAUCGAAGGCGAUCUCGGAAAGAUUGAUUUUAAAUUUCUCCAUAUUGAAAGAAUAUAA